UCCAGAGAAUGACAUCAUCGACGUUGUGAACGGGCGCGCGGUUGAGUAACGAGAGGGGGAGACAGACUCGAGUGGAGGACGGCCGCCGCGCUGCUGGAGCUUCUCAGGGACUAUCAACAGGGAGUGCAACCGACGACAGAGCUAAGAGCUGGGGAUAUGAGAGCCGCCAGAAUCCGCGCCCAUCCUCGUCAGCCCAUGUCCCUGUCCGACUGACAACCAUCGGAGCAGAACCUCGACGGAACCAGCUCUCGGACGAACCCAAUAUCGGCUUUCGCUGAUCUCACUGCAACCACCUCCCCCUCCCAGCGGACAUACAAAUCUAAUCGUGCAUUUCUGGAGGUCAGACAGCUGUUGGCUGAUCAACUAGCCCUGCCCAGGCUACAUUCUCACACAAACACGCGUGACAACCCACAAACAUGGAGCUGAGAGUGGGGAACAAGUACCGGCUCGGCCGAAAGAUAGGGAGUGGCUCCUUUGGCGACAUUUACCUUGGUGCCAACAUUGCCACCGGUGAGGAGGUAGCCAUCAAGCUGGAAUGUGUGAAGACCAAACACCCACAGUUGCACAUUGAAAGCAAGUUCUACAAGAUGAUGCAAGGAGGAGUGGGUAUUCCAUCGAUAAAGUGGUGUGGUGCAGAGGGAGACUACAACGUGAUGGUCAUGGAGCUGCUUGGUCCCAGUCUGGAGGACCUUUUCAACUUUUGCUCCCGGAAGUUCAGCCUAAAGACUGUCCUGCUUUUGGCAGACCAGAUGAUAAGUCGUAUUGAGUACAUCCAUUCCAAGAAUUUCAUCCAUCGGGACGUUAAGCCUGACAACUUCCUCAUGGGGCUUGGCAAGAAGGGUAACCUGGUGUACAUCAUUGACUUUGGCCUUGCCAAAAAGUACCGCGAUGCCCGCACACACCAGCACAUCCCUUACAGGGAGAACAAGAACCUGACUGGCACAGCGCGCUAUGCCUCCAUCAACACGCAUCUUGGAAUUGAGCAGUCCAGACGUGACGACCUGGAGUCUCUUGGCUAUGUCCUCAUGUACUUCAACCUGGGCUCCCUCCCCUGGCAGGGUCUCAAGGCCGCUACCAAGAGACAGAAGUAUGAACGAAUCAGUGAGAAGAAAAUGUCCACACCCAUCGAGGUUCUUUGCAAAGGAUAUCCUUCUGAGUUCUCCACAUACCUGAAUUUCUGCCGUUCCCUCCGUUUUGAUGACAAGCCAGACUACUCUUACCUACGACAGCUCUUCAGAAAUCUGUUCCACCGCCAGGGCUUCUCCUACGACUACGUCUUUGACUGGAACAUGCUAAAAUUUGGUGCAAGUCGAACAGCUGAGGAUGGGGAACGGGAGAGGAGGGCGGGAGACGAGAGGGACGAGCGAAUCGGAGGAGCCCCGAGGGUGUCUGCGUCGCGGGGCCUGCCCCCAGGUCCCAGCCCUGCAGCUGCCAACAGAGUCCGGAAUGGGCCAGAGCAGGCCAUCUCUAACCCUGCCUCGCGGGUCCAGCAGUCUGGGAACACGUCGCCUCGUGCGAUUUCUCGCGCAGAGAGGGAGAGGAAGGUGAGCAUGCGGCUCCACCGCGGGGCUCCUGCCAACGUCUCGUCCUCCGACCUCACAGCCCGCCAUGACCAAUCCAGAAUUUCCACAUCGCAGGUCAGCGUGCCAUUUGAGCACAUUGGGAAGUAGAAUUCUUUGGCUCUGCAUGCACAUGAAACUGACAGGGCUGCAAGGUAUGUUCAUCGCCCCGAUUUUUAUUUUUCCUUUUGUUUUUACCCCGUCUUAUGAAAAGAUGAUUGCCAAUGGACACGUGGAUCUUUGGAAAAGGACAGUGAAUUUUAUUUUUUUCAGGAUCCAGGGAAGUACGUGGCGGUAUCCAACAUGCACUCUUUCAUGAACUUUUUUUUGCUGAACCGUGGACCACCACAAUACGAAAAGCAAAUGAAUGACAGUCCUACACCAUUUUUACUCCAUGGUUGCUCAUACCUGCUCCACCCCUCAAAACAUUUCCCUCGGUACCUUCUGUCAGACACAUGUAAAGAGCAGUUGGCGUCAAAGAAGCUAAAAAGGUAUCCGGGACAUGCGCAUGUUUCUCAUCAAAGGUCGACUUAGUGAUUGAUAUAGGCUUAGUAAAGAUUUUUCUUUUUCAGUUCAACACAGCGAAAAACACAUUUUCAGUGUCACCUUUUCAUCUUUCAGGAGAAUAUCUUAAAUUGGGAGCUUGUUAUGAGUUUCCUUUUUUUGGGGGGGGGGGGGAAAUAACAGUUAAAAGAUGGAACAAACAGGGCGUGGUAGAUAAAAGAUUAGUGGACAAAAAGAACGGUAGCUUUGGAAAAGGAUAAACAAGUGGAGUUUUAGCUGUUGUAGAGUAAUAUUUCCCGGUGAAGUAGCAAUUGGUGCUCGCUUGCCCUUCAUCACGUUGUGAUGAUUUACUGUCCCUCAAAACCUCCACCUCCCCUUACUUUGCCUGUUUGGACUUCGGUGUUUUCUUUGUUUUUUUUGUGCGUGGGUAAGGUGACGAAUGACCAUAGAUAUUGCAAAGACACACUCCCAAGUCUUGAGGGAAGCUCCUCAGGAAAUUCUCCGUGUAUUUGACCAGAGACCAUAGCUGCCCAUUUUGGCUAACAAAUAGUGGCUGCAAUUUUUAUGAUAGUUCUAAAUGUUACCAUUUUUAUUUCUGUUAUUGGAAGUCAUGGGGGAGUGGACAGGCUCUGUUGGGGGUGCCUCUUAGGGGGAUGGGACAUCCAAUGAAAUUUUUUUUAAAUCUUUACUGCACUGUAAAUAUUUUUUUUUUUAUUUCAAUGUAAAGCCAAAAUGUUGUUCUUUUGUUUUAAAGUGUAAAGUAGAAAAAUGCAUACUAAUGACAUAAAUUGGGGCUGGGUUCAGACUUUUAGGUAUUUAAAGGACUAAAUUGUGGAAUGGGCUACUGUUCUUUUGCCAGCUGGGUCAACCAAUAUUGUGUGUGUUUGUGAGCGCGAGAGAGUGAUGCAGUGAAUCCCUGCUAAUAAUACAAUAUACAUUCUGUCUGUUAGCAUACCGUUGUAUCCCCGCUUCUCUGCUAUUAAUGUUAAACUAUAUAUUUGAAAUAACCUUCCGUUCUCUUUUUGUUUCACUUCAUCUUCCCGCAUUGUUUUAGAAGUAGUGUUCGGUUUUAUUUUUUGUGCCUGUCUCUUUUGGUUCUAUUACGAGUCAAAGGUUGUCAACCUCAUAUAAUACAUAGGGCUUUCAAUAUUCCUUCUGCACAAUGAUAUGCUAAUGAUUGACGUCACCUUUUUGGAUUUUAAUCUCCAGCAACCUUGAUGAUGUCAUUCAAAAAAGGAGUGUGUGUGUGUGUGUGUGUGUGUGUGUGUCUUUGUACAGGCCACCGUGACCCAGUGGCAUUGUGAGCGCUUUGGUUGGGAGUGAUAGAAAAAAGGUUGAGGUGAUGGGGAAUUCACUUUAUGUAUUGUGUACUGAUAUCUUGUACAGUUCUUUAACACACUUUAUUUACAACAGUAUUUGUGUAUAUUUUAUGAAGUAAUAAAAAUGAAUAACGUUGCGCACAA